CUGUACUUGUGCUGGGUUUAAUUAUGAGUAAAGAACGACAGACGGACCAUCUGUACACCUGAUGGAGGCCAACCUGUUCGUCCGGAUGUAGGUGGUCAUUCACCUUUAGACGAGAUCAAUACGUCCACGGUAUAAUAUUGCCUGGACUUAUUGACCUAGGUCAAGCGUGAAUGUGUGGAUCAUGGUGUUAUUGUCCUCGGAUGACUGAAAAGGGGAAAAUCGCCCUACACGUAUAUCAGCAGAUCGUUCCUCACAUCGGGCAGUCAGCCAUGUACCAGAUACUUCAAGCAUCAUUCGUUUAAACCAUAUGCUACUCAAAACCCUGCCCAAGAACCUACUGGAAACUGAAGAGCGAUCAAAAUGAGGAACUUGACUGGUCUUCUCCGAGGGGCCCGUUUCCUUGGUAGCCGAGCGUCCAGACAGGGUCCAAGACAUCGCAUACCAGCAUGUCUAUCCCAACUAUCUACCAUUUGUUACCAAGGGCAACAAGAAAAAUCUACAAAACGAGAGUUCCUUCAAGAAACCAUAAAGAGUGUCUCACAUCGCAAGAGCAAUAUGAAGAAGGCCAAGUUGGUGAUUUUCGACAAAGACGGGACUCUUAUCUGCUUCCAUACCAUGUGGACACCAUGGGCAAAAAGUCUAGCAGCAAAUAUGGCUAAGUCCAGUGGCCUUGACAUUGAGGAGAAGAUAUUUGAUACCCUUGGCUUCUGCCACAAGUCAAAUCGAGUCCUACCUGGACUCCUUGCAGAAAAAACCACACCAGAGAUAGCAGUGGAACUGGAGAAGGUGCUUGUUGGAGAAGGCCUGUCUCUUGAAAGAGCCAGGGAAGUGAUCAAGGAAAGCUGGCUGGAGGGAGAUGUAGGAAACCCUGAUGUCUUGAGGACAACCACAGACCUCAGAACCCUGUUUAGGAUCCUUAAGAGCAAUGGGAUGAAGAUUGCCAUCUGCACAUCAGAUAACCGUGCAGGUACAUUGAGCACCCUCAGUCAACUGGGCCUCAAUGACUAUGUUGACUGUGUUGUCUGUGGAGAUGACCCUAACAUGCAGCCCAAGCCCAAUCCCCACAAUGCCUGGAAGAUCUGCGAGGCGGUUGGUGUUGAUCCAUCAGACACAGUGAUGGUGGGAGAUACAGUUGCAGAUGUUGGGAUGGGAAGGAAUGCCAACCUGGGCUGGAGCGUUGGUGUUUUGAGUGGAGUGUGUGGUACUGAGGAACUCCUGGCUCUCUCAGACCAUGUGGUCAAGAAUGUGAAGGAUCUUCUGCCACUCAUCCUGCCAUAUGACAGGUGGAAGGAGUACUAUGCCUACUCUGCCAAUGAUCGCAUUCUGAUUGAGCCACACUCCCUGGAAGAAGCAUGCAGAGAUGUUAGCGAUCGCAAAGUGGACAAGAAGAAAAUGGACCUGGUCAUCUUUGACAUUCAUGGUACACUGUUGUGUACACACAGUAGACACACAGAAUGGCUUGAGAGAUUAACAGAAAGGCUUGAACAAAUCACAGGCAUGAAGCUGGCCAAUAAGGUGUUUGAUGUGAUGGGCGCAUGCCAAAGUUCAAGGAAACUACAGAGUGGGGUGCUUGCUGAAGGCUCCUGGCACGAGGUGAAAUCUGCUCUUGUCAAGUUUCUGACAUCAGAAGGCUUUUACUAUGAAGAAGCUAUCCUUAUCAUGAAUCAAGCUUGGCAGGACAGUGAGGUCAUCUUGAAUACCAAACCAAAAUCACUUGAUAAAGAUGUGAAAGAAGUCUUUAAGAACCUCAAGCUAAGUGGUGUGAAGGUUGCUAUUUGCACUGGGUCAUCUCGCGAGACUGCCAUCCGUGAUCUCAUGGGACUUGACGUGCUCAAUUAUGUCGACAUGAUGGUUUGUGGGGAUGACCCCCAUAGUCAGCCCAAACCUUCUGCACACAAUCUCAAACUUAUCUGUGAUGAGCUAAAGGUCGAUCCCUCUUCUGUAUGUGUCGUUGGGGAUACAGUGUCAGAUCUACAUAUGGGAUCAUUAGCCAAUGUUGCCUCAAAGAUCGGAGUCUUGUCAGGAGUUGGAUCACAUUCCGAUCUGAAACCUCAUGCUGACUUGUUAGUUGAUGUGGUGAGUGAGAUCCUGCCCCAUGUUGUGUCCAGUGGAGUUUCUGGGGUGAAAGGGUCUGGAGGUUCCACUGGCAGAAGACUCUUUAGUACCUCAGUGAACUCUUCACCUUUCACCCAAAUCAGGAGAAACCUGAGUAGAGUUGCUGCCCUAAGGCUAAAAGCCUCAGAAGAUAAACUCACAACCUAUGACUAUGUCAUUGUAGGUGCAGGAUCUGCUGGCUGUGUUCUAGCCAACAGACUCAGUAAAGAUCCUAAUAACAGAGUCCUUCUAUUGGAAGCUGGACCAAAGGAUAACAGUUGGAAAAUACAUAUGCCAGCAGCUUUAAUGUAUAACCUCUGUGAUGAUCAGUAUAACUGGUACUACAUGACAGAGCCAGAGAAGGCUAUGAACAACAGAGUCAUGUACUGGCCUAGAGGCAGAGUAUGGGGUGGAUCAUCCUCACUCAAUGCCAUGGUUUAUAUAAGAGGACAUGCCUUCGACUAUGACCGUUGGGAGAGGGAAGGAGCAGCUGGCUGGUCCUACGCUAAUUGUCUCCCUUACUUCCGCAAAUCACAAACUCAUGAACUCGGACCUGAUGACUACCGAGGAGGAGAUGGACCACUUCAUGUAUCCAGAGGGAAAAGCAAUAAUCCUCUGUUCCAAGCCUUCACUGAUGCUGGAGUUCAGGCAGGGUACCCAUUUACAGAUGACAUGAAUGGUUUUCAGCAGGAAGGGGUUGGAUUCAUGGAUAUGACUAUUCAUAAAGGUAAGAGGUGGAGUGCAGCUUCUGCAUACCUCAGACCAGUUCUAUACCGAGACAAUCUGUAUACUGAGACGGGAGCAAUGACAACAAAGAUUGUUUUCGAAAAUAACAGAGCAGUUGGUCUGGAGUACAAGCAGGGAGGGAUCAUGAAAGAAGUGAGGGCUGAAAAGGAAGUUAUACUCAGUGGAGGAGCUAUCAACUCUCCUCAGCUGUUGAUGAUCUCAGGGAUUGGCAAUGCUGAUGAACUGAGGGAACUGGACAUUCCAGUUGUAGCAAAUCUUCCUGGAGUAGGGGAAAAUCUUCAGGACCAUCUGGAAAUAUAUGUACAGCAGGAGUGUACAAAGAAGAUUACGUUGUACUCAGCACAAUGGAAGUUUCCACACAACAUGAUUAGGAUAGGUUUACAGUGGUUCACCACAAACACUGGGGAUGGAGCAUCAACCCAUCUUGAAACUGGUGGAUUUAUCCGCAGUCGGCCAGGGAUUGAACAUCCAGACAUUCAGUAUCACUUCCUGCCUUCAACUGUCAAUGACCAUGGUAGGAAGAUUGGACCUUGCCAUGCUUUCCAAGCUCAUGUGGGAACUAUGAGACCAACAAGUAGAGGCUUUUUAAAACUGAAAUCCAAAGAUCCAGCACAGCACCCAAGGAUUGUUGCUAACUAUCUGAGCACACAUGAAGACAUUGUUGAUAUGAGGAAUGGAAUAAAACUGACCAGAGAGAUCUUUUCCCAAAAGGCGUUUAAUGAGUUCAGAGGUCCUGAGAUAGCGCCAGGAUAUAACAUUACUAGUGACAAAGAUCUUGAUGCAUUUGUUCGUAAAAUGGCAGACAGUGCUUACCAUCCUUCCUGCACAUGUAAGAUGGGUUCAGCAAGUGACCCAAUGGCUGUUGUUGAUCCUUCAGCUAAAGUGAUUGGUGUUGAUGGACUCAGGGUUGUUGAUGCCUCCAUAAUGCCCAGUGUGGUUAGUGGCAAUCUCAAUGGACCGACAAUCAUGGUUGCUGAGAAGUGUGCAGACAUUAUCCUUGGACAAAAGCCAUUACCCGAAUCCACAGCUCCUGUGUAUACGCCGACCACCUUGGAAACGCAACGGUAAUCUUGACUCUUGACAGUGUGCUGACAUGUGGCAAUAUUGAUUAAGUGUGUCAUACUGACGUUGUUGUUCUGCUGGUACCUGGAGAGAGAUCACUGCACCCAGACAUAUCUGGCCGUUUGAAUUUGUUUGUUAGCAUAUAUAUACAUUUAUAUGCACAUGCAAAUGUUUUGACUGCUGUUUGUUUGCGAAUGAUAGAUAAGUCGCAUGUUUACAGAUAUUUUGAAGAGGUUCUUUUCCAUUUAAGACAAAUUUCUUCUUUACGUUUGUUCAGAAAUGUUAGUCUAGACAUCAUGUUUCUUUGCAAGUUGACAUUCAUAGCCCAGGUUAUCCUAACCCCCAUACUAUUACAUAGACUUAUGCCAGUCAUAUCCCUAGGAUGGCUUUGUGGGAUACGGCCCUGUACUCUCUGUCUUCAUCAUGAAGUCAGAAUGCAAGUUCUGGUAGCUCUUUAGCCAUGGUUAUGUCACCAGAUUUUUUAAAUAUGUCACCUUUUCACUACUAUUUCAUGACUAUGGAUCAGCAACCUCAGUAAUAUUUUUUAUUACAAUAUUGUCUGGUGAAGGUUUGUUUCUUCAUUUGUUACACUUUUAGUCACAUUCACCUACAUUGUUAUUCUUUCCUUUGAUAUCAGUAGUAUCGUGGUAUCUCAGAAUUUGUUAUUUCUCAGUUAAUUUUUAGUUAAAUGUGUCAAAUGUGAAGAGGUCCCACUGACACUUGUUACAUUACUAUGAUACAUAUCUGGUUGUAUUCCUCUCAAGGAUGGGUUUCCAGUACUGUGAAAGCUUCAGUGGGGACUGAGUGGUUAAAAGUGUGAUUGAUGUGAUCAUUCUUCAAUGUGUGUGUGUGUUCAGGUGAGUGUACCAGAGAUUGCUUGUUGGAUUAUCUUGUGUUCUUUGUGAUGUAGUUUCACUGACUCAUUCAGUUCCCUAAGGGAUAUGGACCAAAUGUUUACAUGUUAGUCGUGUUCAAAAUGACAUCUGAAGAAAGAUGAGAGAUUUGUAUCAAAUCUUUAACAUUGUUAAGACAUACCGUAUCACAUGAAGUCUCUGAUAGAUCUCUGUUGACAUGUUUAGAUCACUCCUAACAAGAUCAAAUGGAGUCAGAAAAUUUCUUUCAGAAUGAAACAUUGCUAUCUUAUUUUCAGUAAUGAAUAAAUAUGUUAACCCUUA